AUUUGGAUGACAAAUUGCCCAAAACCAAAAUCCACGAAGCAAAUCACGCCCAUGAUUGGGGCUGGGGGAGAGUUCGUUCUCUCCCCGAAUCUAUGACUUCAGUUGCUCCCUCCGACUCUAUGCAGUCGUGUUGCUUCUGUUCUCUUUUUUAAACCCUAACUUCUAUCCGGUCCAGUCUAGCAGUGGCAAGAGUUUGGAACUCCAAUGGCGCUCGUUAGUUUUCCCUUGCCAUCAUCACCUCUUUGAGACUUUGACAUGCCUCUAGUUGCUUGUGUCCUCAAGCUACGAAUUUGUUACUGGAAAACCAGUGGUUGAAGAAUUGGGGAUGCAAUCCUUUUAGAUGUCAGAUCAUGGGGUUCUUAGUUCAACUUGGAGAUGUUUUUCCACUCUAGGGCAUUGGAUCGGUAGCAUAUUACCAAGAGAUAACAAACAUUCUGGAUUGUCACCUUUUACUAAUUUUGCUGAGGUAAGGAGCCGUGAUCUGGUUGAAGCCAGGGAUAUUCAGUACCUGACUGAAAUGGGGGAUCAUAUAGAUAUUAGUUCUGAUAGUGACUUUGAGCUGGAUGAGGAUGAUGAUUACGGUGGUGUAUCACUGAUAGAGGGCCCUACUAAUACCCGAAUUCUUCCGCAAUGGGCGACAAACUCAAGUGGUGCCGGUUCAAUCAGUAGGAAUCCAAAUGCUCCGUCAAGUUCUUAUGCUUCUAAUAGUGGGUCAUCAAAUCUAAAUAAACUUCGGAUCAGCAGUUAUGGGGACGACUCAAGAACUUCAAACCAGAUUGUAGUCUGUCCAGAUUAUAAUGGCAAUGGCAGUGCAGGUCACAUGAGAUCUGCAAACUCUAGGAUUGCUAAUGUUUCUGGUGCAGAGUACGAGAAGCUUUCAUCACAACAAGCUUUGAGGCGGACCCUUCCCACGUCACUAGAUGGAUCUGGGCCAAGUAGCAAAAUGAACAGGUUAACUGAUGGUGCAGGUAGCAGCCAGGCCUAUGGUCCCCAUCGAAAUAUGUACAAUCCCUCAGGAUCAGGUUUUGGCAACAACCUGGAUUACACACGGGACCGUUACAGCCAGGAUAAUGAUGAAGAUGUUAUAAUGUAUGAAAAGAAUGGAACUAGGGCCUUACCUCAGUCAUGGGUGCAUGGGAAGUCCCAUAUGCCUGCACCCUCUGCUAGUCCAAACGAGCAUGCAUACCAUUCUAUGGCAGGUGAUGAAAGGACUGCUGUAUGUGAUGAGAGACUAAUUUAUCAAGCAGCAUUGCAGGUGUAUCUUCAACUUACUUGUGUGAUGUCAAUUCAAAGAGGUCUUAAUCAACCAAAAUUUGAGGCCAAGUUACCUGAAGGUUUAUUGUCUGUGCCUCUUCUGAGACACCAGAGAAUUGCAUUGGCAUGGAUGCUUCAGAGGGAGACAAGAAGUUUACAUUGUUUAGGUGGAAUUUUAGCUGAUGAUCAGGGUCUCGGCAAAACCAUAUCAAUGAUUGCCCUUAUACAAAUGCAGAAGGCUCUGGAGUUGAAAUCUAAGUCCGAAGAUCAGAGUAAUAAAAAGACUGAAGCAUUGAAUUUGGAUGAAGAUGAUGAUAGCAGCAAUCAAGUUUCCGAUAAAGGAAAGCAGACUGUUGAAAGUAGCGGUAUAGGAAAAACAGAAGAAGUUGGUACUUCUUCAAAGGCACUUAAUAGACAGAGACCAGCUGCUGGUACAUUGGUUGUCUGCCCAGCUAGUGUUCUCCGCCAGUGGGCGAGGGAGUUGGAUGAAAAAGUUGCAAAUGAGUCAAAACUGACUGUCUUGAUAUAUCAUGGAGGCACUAGAACGAGGGAUCCUGCAGUAUUGGCAAAGUAUGAUGUUGUAAUGACUACAUAUGCAAUAGUAACGAAUGAAGUUCCAAAACAACCUUUGGUUAAUGAGGAUGAGCUUGAUGUUAAAACUGCAGAGAGAAGUGGUGUAUCUUCUGAAUUUUCGGUUGAUAAGAAGAGGAAAAAUCAGCUUGGUACUAACAAGAAGAGAAAGAAGAGCAGGAAGGGAGCAGAUAGUUCCCCUUUCGAUUACGAUUGCAGUCCACUUGCCAGGGUGAGUUGGUGUAGGGUGAUUUUAGAUGAAGCCCAAACAAUAAAAAAUCAUCGAACUCAAGUGGCUAGAGCUUGCUGCAGCCUUCGUGCCAAAAGGAGAUGGUGCCUUUCUGGAACACCUAUCCAGAAUGCGAUUGAUGAUUUGUACAGUUAUUUCAGGUUUCUCAGAUAUGAACCCUACUCAGUUUAUAAGUCAUUUUACAGUGCCAUAAAGCUCCCAAUAUCAAGAAAUUCAAUUCAAGGUUACAAGAAACUGCGAGCUGUUUUAGCAGCUGUAAUGCUGAGGCGUACCAAAGGGACAAUGAUAAAUGGGGAGCCUAUCAUCAAAUUGCCUCCAAAAUCAAUCGGUUUGAAUAAGGUGGAGUUCUCACCGGAGGAGCGAGCUUUCUACACCCAGCUAGAAUCUGAUUCAAGUUCUAAGUUCAAGGCUUAUGCUGCUGCUGGCACUGUUAGUCAAAACUAUGCAAAUAUUCUUUUGAUGCUUUUACGCCUUCGACAGGCUUGUGACCACCCGCUUCUUGUCAAAGGUUUCAAUUCUGACUCUGUACAGAAAGUUUCAGUAGAUAUGGCAAAGAGACUUCCAAUGAAAAUGGUGCUUGAUCUAUUGGACCGGGUGGCUUCUCACACAGCCAUUUGCCGUAUCUGCAGUGAUCCACCUGAAGAUCCUGUUGUUACAAGGUGUGGUCAUGUUUUCUGCUAUGAGUGUGUAUCAAAUUACCUGACCGGGGAUGAUAACACCUGUCCUGGUCUUAACUGCAAAGAGCAGCUUAGUUCUGAUGUUGUGUUCUCGGAAGCUACUCUUAGAAGUUGCAAAUCUAAUAAUAAUGAUACUGGUUCUUCUCGUUCGAAGCUCAAUCAUCAGAUCACAGAGAAUGAGUAUAGCUCUUCAAAAAUCAAAGACGUCCUUCGCAUUCUUCAGUCACAUACUGGAAUGGAUGAACCAGAUGAUGUGGAUUGCUCAGUUGUGAGCUCGGUUCCCAAGGGACCUAUAAAGACAAUAAUUUUUUCACAAUGGACAGGCAUGUUGGACUUGGUCGAGAUGUCACUCAAUCAGACCCGCUUAAAGUAUAGGAGGCUUGAUGGGACAAUGAGUUUAAAUGUGAGAGACCGGGCUGUUAAAGAUUUCAAUACUGAUCCUGAGGUAACUGUGAUGCUAAUGUCGCUUAAGGCCGGGAAUCUUGGUUUAAAUAUGGUUGCUGCAUCUCACGUUAUCCUUCUGGACCUUUGGUGGAAUCCGAGCACGGAAGAUCAGGCAAUUGACAGAGCUCAUAGAAUUGGUCAGACUCGACCGGUUACUGUGACCCGGCUUACCAUUGAAGACACAGUGGAGGAUAGGAUACUGAAAUUGCAGGAUGAGAAGCGGAAAAUGGUUUCAUCCGCUUUUGGGGAGGACCAAGGUGGGGGAACAGCUACAAAACUUACUGUGGAAGAUCUGAGGUUUCUAUUUAUGGACCGGGAUGCUGUCCGCUGACAAGUUUGGGUUAUUUGAGCUGCUACUUAACGAAGAUGCGUUGGUCGAGUCAGUGUUAGAAACAUUUUAUGGCAUUGCACAGUUGGAAAGGCAAUUUUUGGUCUCAUCAAAGUGCAGACUGGGAAGCAGAGCCCGCGGUAAGCACAUUGUACAUAUUGCUAAUUGUGGGGGCCUAGUGUACAUCGAGAAGGGUAGAUGUAGUUUUAUAGGAUAGCGUGGUAAAUGAUGAUGAUAUGGUAGAAAUUUGUUAGUUCAAAGGCGAUGCUUGAGCGACAAGAUACCUGGUUCCAAAUUUGACUUGGGUUUCACCGUAGAACGUUUGUCGCAGCGUGAGUCAGGGGCCGAAUGCAAGUUAGCUUUGGUGAUUAAGGGUUUGUUCUCUGCACUGUGGUUGCAUGGACAUAGGCUGGCUGUAUUGUUUGUGGGCUCCCAUCGACUAGAGUGGUGUAAGGAAACUAAUACUGACAGACAGCAUUGCAUAACAAUCACUCCUAGCAGGCAUUGGGAUUAAGACAUCUUAACGUGAUUAACGAUCGUUUAAUUGCAUGUUCUGUGGUCCAUUGAUCAUUGGCGCGAUAAGACUGUGUCGUGAUCCAAUGAUCAGGGUGCAAAACUAGUUUUACAACAUUAUGGGAGGGGAUCACUUUAUAAGAAGGGAGUUGUGGCCUUGUGGGUACCCCUCUACCAAGCUAUCUCAUACCAACUUCAGACACGGGCUCGAUGAGGAGUGCGGAUCCUGUGACUAGGGGGUCUUUAGUCAAGCGACUAAGCCCCUCCUAGCCCUUGAAUCGGGUCAUCAGUAACCACACGCGGGCCGUAGAUCUGGGGAUGGAGAAAUCGUGUGGAUGGGCUGGACGCUAGGUGGAGAGGGGCAUUUUUGUCCGUUUUUGUAUUUUUAAUUUUUUUAUUUAUUCCGCAUUUCAAUGGCUGUCUUUUCAAUGAAAGAGAGAGAAUGGUCUUUUCCUUUUCUCUGCAACUCAACUUUCUUCCUUCUCUCUUCAUUUUUUCAAUAUCUUUCCAGAUCCUUUCUCUUUCUCUAUUCCUUCUCUCUUACUUUUUCUCUCACAAUCUCCUU